UUUGACAGAUGCACAUCGCGGAAAUACACAAUGCAGCAUGGCGUACAUGAGUACAUGAAGUGGACGACUGAGCAUUUUUAUCCACACUUCAGGAAAUCAUCAGCAAGAAAAAUUUACACUUGUGUGUCUACAAAGUAAACCUAAUCUGUAGAUGCAUUUUUUUCUGAGACACUACGGAUCUUUAUAUUUGAAAGUGGUAUUUGUCGUCAAAGUGACAGAGCUCUGAUCAUCCAGCGUGGCUGAAGAAGACUGCUUGAAGAAUUCACACGCCUUGACAAAUGACACAGAAUAUUUAAGCAGACGUGUCCACAAUGUCUAAGGCAGCGGCAAAGAAACCCCAGCCCCCAUUUAAAGGUAAAAUUAACAAAAUAAAGAAGAAGAGCAGGAUAAAAAAGAAACAGAAAACACUCUUAAAGGAGAAAGUGGCUAAAGCUCAGCAAACUGCACCUCCAGAUGAUGCCCAACAGUUCUCAGCCAACUGGAAAAUCUUACAAGAGAUUUUAAAGGCCAGUGAACCAGAGAAGAAGAAGCCUGUGAUAGCCAAACAUCAGAAUGGAGUCCUGGAAAAAAAAGCAACAGAAAAGUCUGCUAAAAAGGAUUCCAAGGACAAUGCAGGUCCCAGCCAUACAGACACUGAGAAAAAAGUGAAGCAACAUACUGUUCCUAACAGCGUUGUCCCCAAGGAGACUCUGAAGAAAGUGCCUGCUCCACCAGAGUCGAGGCAGUCUGCUGCUCCAAAAAGGAAAGAGAACAGUGCAAAGGCAAAGAGCGCACAAGCAGCCAAGAAACAUAAAUCUGUGGCUGAAGAGACAAAACCUACAGAAGAGGAUCUUUGGUUUGAUGAUGUUGACCCGGAUGACAUUGAGGCAGCGAUGGGAGCAGAGGCCGCAGAAAUCAUGAGGAAGAAGCAGGGCAUACGUAAGACCAGUAACACAGAGAGCAACCUGGUCAAAGAGAAAGCCUUUGAGGGCAUUACCAGAGUCGUGGCCAUUGAUUGCGAGAUGGUGGGAGUCGGUCCUGGUGGAGAGGACAGCAUCUUGGCGCGCGUGUCGCUUGUGAACCAGUUUGGAAAAUGCAUCUAUGACAAAUACGUGAAACCAACAGAGAAGGUUACGGACCACAGAACAGCCGUCAGUGGUAUCCGACCAGAGGACAUCAAAGAUGGUGAGGAUAUAAAGACUGUGCAGAUGGAAGUUGCCAAAAUCCUACAAGGGAGAAUAGUCGUUGGACAUGCCAUACACAAUGACCUAAAGAUUCUGCUCUUGGAUCAUCCAAAAAAGAAAAUUCGGGACACCCAGAAGUAUAAACCUUUUAGGAAGGCUGUGAAGAGCGGUCGGCCUUCGCUGAAAGCCCUCUGUAGGCAAAUCCUCAAUGUGAACGUCCAACAGGGUGAACAUUCAUCUGUCCAAGACGCUCAGGCCACCAUGAGGCUGUACACACUGGUGAAGAAACAGUGGGAAGCUGAGAUCAAAGACCAUCAGAAAAACAAAGACUCAGAAAAGAAGAGUCAGAGAAAGCCAAAGAUUCCUAAGUACAAGGACAAGAACUGAAGACAUUUUGAAUUUAAAUCUAGGACAGACCAUGUCCUCAUCAGAACACACCUGGCUGGAAUUAUCAGAGGUUUGGAUUUGUUUUCAGAUGAAGAAACAAAAAAAGUGUCCUUUUCAAGUAACAGAUGUUAGGAUAGUAUAAAAUUGGGACUCUUUGGGCUUGUGUAACAUAUACAUAUACUACAUGCCACCCUCAAACCAUUAUAAUACCAGCAGAAAUUAAAAAUGGCAGGAAAAUGUGUUGUUUAGCUAGUGGUGACUGGUUUCGUAAGAGCUGUUUAUUAAGUCUUGGGAACACUUCAGUGCUUGGUCAGGAGUUCUUCUGCAGUGACCUUUUGAAAAAAACAUUUCCAGUAUUUCAAAAUUUAUAUAUAAGACCCAAUAUGUUUAUCACAGUAGUCAAAAGGGAAGCGAACGUUCUUCACCAUCGAACUUCCUCUACUCUUGAGAAAUGUCACUGAUUUUUGUGCCAUUUCGUGACCUGGUAAUGAUGCUUCCUGUUUUCUUGUUUAACUUUUUUGGAAAAAGUAUGAAUUAAACAUGUGAGAAAUUA